AUCACUGUCCUCCAGGCCACUCAAAAAUUAAAUUAAUAGAACUGCCAUAUCAUAUCAUUUCAUUAUCACCUUCUAUCUAGUAUUUCCAUUAUUAAAUUUGUAUUUUUUAGCUGUACAAACUGCCCCAACUUACAUUCAUUUUUCUUCAAUCUCACGCAAUCACUCUCAUUGAAUUUUUGACAUUUUAUCACUGUAAAUGCAGCUUGGUUUAGCCUUAUUUUUUGAUGGGGAAGAAGGGUAGUAGUAGCUCAUGGUUGACUGCUGUGAAAAGGGCCUUUAGAUCUCCAACUAAAGACUCUGACAAGAGAACCAGCAGAAGAAGAGAGGACCAUGUUGACCAAGAAGAAGAUGAAGAGAAGAAGAGGGAGAAGAAGAGAUGGUUAUUUCGUAAAGCUUCGAGUCAAGAAUCUGUAAUGCAACAGAGCCCUGCAAAGGCGGGAGCUAAUAACAAGGCUACCGGUGUUGGUGACCGUGUUGUCGUUGAUCAGAAGCACGCCGUUGCAGUGGCCGUGGCGAGCGCAGCUGCGGCUGAAGCAGCUGUAGCUACUGCUCAGGCAGCAGCAGAAGUAGCUCGGCUUACUAGGCCGACGUAUCGGGCCAGAGAACACUAUGCUGCCAUUGUUAUUCAGACCGGUUUUAGAGGAUACCUGGCAAGGAGGGCUCUGCGUGCGCUUAAAGGGCUGGUGAAAUUGCAAGCUCUAGUAAGGGGACAUAACGUGAGAAAACAAGCCAAGAUGACGCUGAGAUGCAUGCAAGCGCUAGUUAGAGUGCAGGCUCGGGUUCUUGAUCAACGCAUAAGGCUUUCACAUGAAGGCAGCAGGAAAUCUGCAUUUAGUGAUACUCAUAGUGUAAUCGAAUCGCGAUAUCUUCAGGACAUUUCCGACAGAAAAUCAAUGUCAAGAGAGGGAAGUAGCAUAGCUGAUAAUUGGGAUGAGAGGCCGCACACAAUUGAAGAAGUGAAGGCCAUGUUACAACACAGAAAAGCAGCCGCAAUGAAGCAAGAAAAGACGCUAUCUCACGCGUUUUCGCAGCAGAUUUGGAGGACUGGUAGGAGUCCAUCAAUAGGCAAUGAGGAUGAGCUCCAAGAAAAACCGCAAUGGCUUGACCGAUGGAAUAUGGCAACAAGAGCAAGAGCUUCAACUGAUCAAAGAGAUCCCAUCAAAACCGUAGAAAUCGACACUUCUCAGCCUUACUCCUAUUUAGCACCACCCAACUUCAAAAGAACAAAUCAACAUCAUCAUCAUCAACAACAACAGCACUACCAUCAGCACCACAACCGGCCAAAUUCUCCUCUACAUAGAACCAAUCACUCUCCCAUUACACCAUCUCCCUCCAAAACAAGACCAGUACUCCAAGUCCGGUCAGCAAGCCCGCGUUGCAUAAGAGAAGAUAAAAUCUACAAUCCAUCUCAAACACCAAGCCUAAGGUCCACUUAUCACUACACGGGCGAUCUGCAUCAACGCGCUAGCGGUAGCGGUAAUAGCAAUACAUAUAAUGCUGCAUUGCCUAAUUACAUGGCUGCAACGGAGUCUGCUAAAGCGAGAUCAAGAUCACAAAGUGCACCGAGACAAAGGCCAUCAACGCCCGAGAGAGACCGAGCAGGUUCCGCAACUGCAAAGAAACGGCUUUCGUAUCCAGUUCCGGAUCCGAAUUACAACAAUGUAGGUAUGGGAUAUGCGCAUGGAUUAAGGAGUCCAAGUUUUAAGAGUGUUAUGAACUUAGGAGGAAUAGAACAACAGUCUAACUAUUCAUCUUGCUGCACGGACAGCCUAGGUGGUGAGAUUUCGCCUUCUUCAACCACCGAUCUUAGGCGGUGGUUGAGGUGAUUUUUAUUAAUGAUAACACGGUGGUGGCUGCCAUUAUUAUAGCUUUUUAGCUUCUAAUUAAUUCAAUAGGUUGUGAAACUAAUGUAGAAAAAAGAAGUGAAGGGAGCUUCCUUUUUUUGGAUAUAUCCUUUUGUUUUCUUUUUCCAAACAUUUGUUUGAAGUUGUAAGUUGUAACCAUAGUGAGGUAUUUGUUUUGUUGUGUGCGCCUAUCUUAAGUUAAUAUUGACUUCAAUUAGUUUUUCCUUUGACAGUAAUAAAUAAAUUUCUAAUUUUUUCUCA